AUGGUGUGGGACAACAACAAAAAAGAGAAAUCAUCUAUCCAUUGUCUCUUGCCAGCUUCAAUACUUCAAUUGCGAUGCUUUUUUUUGACUUGCCUCCCAUAUUCCUGUCUUGGAUCUUUACCUCUGUCUUCGUCUACUUGGCUGCUCAAUACGGGUUGGAUGAUGUGGAACUGGCUGGUGUCUGCUCUCGCAGUGGGGGCCUCAGUGGUCCUCUACGACGGCUCCCCCCUGGUUCCUUCUCCCAACGUCUUGUGGGACUUGGUGGAUCGAUUAGGGAUUACCAUCCUUGGGACGGGUGCCAAGUGGUUGGCAGUUCUGGAAGAGAAGAACUUGAAGCCGUGUAAGUAUUAGGGCACCAGUUGGGGUUUUGCAUCGCACAAAACUGGUUUGUUCAACCAUGGUUUGGUUGAAC